UACUCCUCAUAUAGAUAUAAAGCUCUCCCUCUUCUCUCUCUCUCGUGCUUCUCUGGCUGUCUCUCUCUGUGCAGAGCCGGUGCUGUCCGGUCCGCCCUUCUCCCUGCUGCCAUGGCCACGGACGCUGCCGGUCAGGAUGAUGCGACGGCCGGUCCUGCAGACUUCACGGAAAUGGGAGAAAGGCUGAAGGAGAGGAAUAUGAUGGCUGACUUGGAGGCCUCUCUGCCUGCUGGACAGGAGGAGUAUGCGAUCCGGUGUCAAGAUGUGUGCCGAUCGUACGGUAAACUGAAGGUCCUCAGCAACCUCAACCUGACUGUGCCACAGGGACACAUUUAUGGCCUUUUAGGGCCAAGUGGAUGUGGGAAGACAACACUGCUAAAAUGCAUUGUGGGAACUCUGAAAAUCUCGCGGGGUCACAUCACCGUUCUGGGGAAGCCACCUGGGUUUCCAGGUCACGACGUGCCAGGGAAGAUGGUGGGAUACAUGCCGCAGGAGCUAGCGUUGUACAAUGAGUUCACCAUUAGUGACACCCUGGUCUUUUUUGGCCGAAUCCACGGCCUUACGUCGAAGGAGACCCAGGCACGUAUCGAUUUCCUGAUCGACUUCUUAGAUCUACCUCAGAAGAACAGUCUGGUCCGAAAUAUGAGUGGAGGUCAGAGGCGCAGGGUGUCUCUCGGAGCGGCCCUGCUUCAGAAUCCAGAGCUGCUCAUCCUGGAUGAGCCCACUGUUGGAGUGGACCCUGUGCUCAGGGCCAAGAUCUGGCAGCAUCUUGUGGAGAUUGUGAAGACGGGAAAAGUAUCCGUCAUCAUCACCACACACUACAUUGAAGAGGCCAGGCAAGCCAACGUGGUCGGUCUCAUGAGGAAUGGAUGUUUGCUGGCUGAAGCUCCUCCAGAAGUAGUCAUGAAGCAACACAGUGCAACAACUCUGGAGCAAGCCUUCCUGCAGCUGUGUGAGUCAUCAGACCAGAUCAGCUCUAAGCAGGGGUCCAGUCCACAGACGGGGCCUUUAGAGAACAGCCAAUCAUUUGAGAGCGGGAAGGACGAGAGUAAACCGAUUCUUGGGUUCGGUUCAGGGGCUGCAGUGGAAAUACCCAAAUAUUCAGCUGACUGGAAGGUGCGGGCGCGACACGUGGUGCCAAAGUGGAGAAACAUUGCUGCCCUGAUGAUCAAAACGAUGGUGCGAAUGAGGAGAAUGCCAGGCUCGCUGUGUUUCCAGUUCUUGUUGCCCGUCAUCCAGGUCUCUCUGAUCUGUGUAUGUGUCGGAGGAGACCCAAAGGGGAUCCAGGUCGCUGUGGUGAACAAUGAGACCUCCCCUUCUGCUUACAGCCAAUCACUGCUCUCUUUCCUCGACAACUCCAGCGUGCAUCAGGUGCCAUUGUCUCAUAAUGAUGCUUUUGAAGGGAUCUAUAAUGGAGAGUACUGGGGUGUCAUUGGCUUUGGCAAGAACUUCACCAGCUACUUGACAAAAAGGAUGAUCCAGCGGCAGGUUUCCAGAGAGGUGGUUGAUGGAGGAUCAGUACACGUCUGGCUGGACAUGACAAAUCGACAAAUUGCAGUCAUGCUGCAGAAGAAACUACAUGAUGCUUUUCAGGCUUUUGUGGAGAAUAAGUUGGGCAGUAUGUCGUACCUGGUAUCUUUGCCAAUAAAGUUUGAAGAGCCAAUCUAUGGCGACCUCGACACAGACUUCACCACAUUUGUGACACCUGGAGCUGUGCUCAGUAUUACCUUCUACUUGGCUGUAGGUCUGACAGCUCUCUCCUUUGUCCUGGAGAGGAAGGAGGGGCUUUUGGACCGAUGCUGUGUUGCAGGUGUGAGCUCUCUGGAGAUGAUGCUGGCUCACCUCUUCUCUCAGCUGUUUGUCAUCAGUGUUCAGAUUAUCCUGCUGCUCCUCUUCAUACUGCUCGUCUUUAAGAAUCCUAAUGAAGGCUCUAUAGUGCUGAUCAUCAUCCUGAUCGUGCUGCAGGGCGUCACUGGUAUCUCCUUCGGCCUGGUCAUCUCCUCUGCCAUUGAUGAUGAGCAGAACGCCAACCAGGCCGCCCUGGGCGUCUUCUACCCUAACCUCAUUAUCAGUGGUAUCAUCUGGCCUGUAGAGUGUAUCCCGUAUCCUCUGCGCUACAUCAGCCUCGCUCUCCCUCAGACGUACGCCUCAGAAGCUCUUCGCUGUAUCAUGUACAGAGGUUGGGGUCUGUCUCGGAUGAUGGUGUGGCGUGGUUUUGCGGUCACCCUGGGCUGGAACACAUUCUUCCUCAUCCUGGCCACAGUCAUCAUGAAGCUGAGGACGUGACAGAUUCUCCGCAGGGAGAACUUUACCUCAGUGUGGGGACAGAGCUGUCAGGUGAAGCCAAGCAGUCGAAGACUCAUCCCAGGCCUCCUGUCGUGUGGAUGGACUGGAGACAG